AUGACAGGAUAUAUCUCAUCUCCCCUGCGGUCCGUGUCCUUGUUCCUCCUCCCCUUCCUACGCAGUACAGCUUACUCCGACGUCGUAGUCACGGUUGUUGCGGAAGUACAGUGGAUUCCCAAUAUUGUGCUGGUUUCCGGACGCAGAGUGAUCCUGUUUCGCACAGGGUCCUGCGUAUCUGUGCGUUGCAGCUCCGCAGUCAUCCCUCCACCGCUGCCUUUCCGCUGCGUUACCCUAAGGGGGUUUCUGCCCUCGCCCAGAGCCCCAGCCGCCGCCAGCCUGAGCAGCCUGGCACCGCGCACCGGUGCCUCGCCCCGGCUCACCCGCCACCCCACCCAAAUGGAGUGCUCUCCCGCCACCUUCCUCACGCCACAGCCCCCUCACUGUCACGGCCUGCCCUCUGCCUUUCCCGCCAGACUCCAGGCUCGGCCCCACCUCCGCGCCAACAUCCCCCUGGAGCUCGGGCUAUCCCUCACACGUCCUGCCCUGCCUGCCCUGCCCUGCCCUGGCGUUCACCAGGGCGGCCUCCCUCUGGCUCCGCAGACCCAGCCCUACCCCCACGCCCACCCCUACCUACCGCAGAUCCGUCCCAGCCUCUCACAUGUGCCUGGCACGGCUUCGCCGCCGCGCCAUGCUUCUGUAGAGGCCCUGCUCCAGUGGCCUGCCGAUCUUUCGGCCAGGUCCCCGAGGGCCCCACGCCGCCCCUUCCCGCCGGCCGUCCAUGCAGACGCCCCGACCAAGCACCCCGGGGCCUGCCUCCCAGCUCCCUGCUCCCCGCCGCGCCCUCUCCUCGAGAUCGCCCUGCCCGGGUCCCUGAUCCACGUGGGGCGCCCACCAGCCAUGGCCCCAAGCACCUUCCUCCGAUACUCUCCCCCAUGCACUCUGACGCCCACAGCCCCGGCAGGGGGCCUCGAGGAAACCUCCUUUGGCGACGGCAAGCACACGUCGGGCCACAGGGGCUCCUUUCCCACAGGGACUGGCCUUUGUGCCAUCGCACCCGAGUGUGCCGCCCUCGCCGCACGCAUCGCUGCCUCUGGGCGACUGAACUGCUACCCGUGCCUCCCGGGCGCCGUGGUCCGCCUCCCAGAGCCCACUCAAGACCAGAACCCUCUUGGAGUCGCCAGCGGCAUACGGGAGUCACAGCCAGCCCGGGACCUGGCACGCACUGGCCAAGCCGCCCACAGAGGUGGCUGCUGCCGACCACCACAGCCCACGCCCUACCCCCAGCCCUACCCCCAGCCCUACCGCCGCCCGCCCUAUCCAAGCCCACCUCCUCACCACCACCCACAGCAGGAGAACCAGCACAAGCCCAGGAGCAUCACCGCCAACACCAGGGGCAGCAGCCGCAGCCCCUCAGGAGGGAGGGAGGGGGGUGGUGGAUGGGCGGCCUCAGGCGCGUCCUGGUGGAAGCGGCGCGAGGUUGCCACUGCGGCCAAAACCUUUGCCCCGCGGGACGGCGGAGGUGGCCUGAAUCGUGCUUGGGCUGGACGGCACCCUCAAAACACUGCGCGCGCCGCCGGCUUCUCGCACACGCGCCAGAAGCCGCGGGCCAGCGGGCUGGCUCCCUGCUCCCACCUCUCUGUCCCCCGAACGCCCCUGCCCGGAGGGCGCUGGAACUCAGCAAAAGGUCAGCUGGCUGCGUUGGCCGGGAAUCGAACCCGGGUCAACUGCUUGGAAGGCAGCUAUGCUCACCACUAUACCACCAACGCUCCACAGCCCGGGCGGCCGCCACACGCCGGCCCGGGCUCGCCCCAGCAUACUCUCGCCGCCGCCGCCUCCGCAUCCCUGCCCCGACGCCCGGCAGCCGGAGGCUCUGCGCCGCCGCCGCCCCGCCCCCAGCAGCCACGCGGCGCCCCCAGCGCGCCAGCGCUACGCCGUCGCCGGGAUCCACCGGCCCCACCGCCCCAGGGCGGCGCCCCGCCGCCUUGCGGCCCUCCGGCCCUUCGCUCCCCGCCGCGGCCCGCCAACGCCUCCGCCCUCACCCCGGCGGGCAACGCGGGGCACGCAGCUUCCAGCACCCAGCUGGCCAAAGCCCUACUCCACCGGGCGCUGGGCGAGGCCACUUCCCACGACGACAAGGGACACGGGACCCACCUGCCUGCACGCGUCGCGGCGCCGUGA